ACAAAACCGCCGGAAACACUGUCUGCUGAGGAGAAUGCCGAAGAGCCGGUAGCUGAGCCAGUAAGCAUGGAAAGUGACGAUGAUGAAGUGAUCUACGUGGCCGGAAAGAGAUAUUACUUAGAUGAAAUUACUCCGGAACUCGUGGCACAGAUGAGUGCAUCCGAGAAAGAAGCCUACAUUCAGAGGACGCAAGAAGAUUUUGAUUAUUGA